AUGCAUCAAUACGAUAGAAUCACUGACGAAAGUUACGGAGGAUCGUCCACCCAUAGUUCAUAUAAAUCACAUAUAACACCGAGAACAAUAAAUGUUCAACGAACAAGAAAUAUGGCUCCGAGUUCUGGUGUUACGACGCGUAUGCUUCAAUCAUAUUCGUCGAGCGGAAGUUUUGGAAAUACAGGAGGAUUUCGAUCGGGGUUAAGCGCAUUAUCUCAACUUGGUGUUCCAUUGCGAUCUGGACGUGGUGGAACAGCAUUAGUAGGUGUCAAUGAAACGCGUGAACGUGAGAAACGUGACUUAGUACAAUUGAAUGAUAAAUUUGCACAAUAUGUGGAAAAAGUGCGCUUUCUUGAAGCACAAAACCGUAAACUACAAUUAGAAAUCGACGCCAUUCAGAAACGGUCUGGGCACGGUUCAUCGAAAAUCAAAGAAAUGUAUGAAGUUGAAAUGGUUGAAGCAAAAACGUUGAUUGAUGAUACACGUAAAGAUCUUGCAGCUGCCGAUGCCAAAGCGCGCAAAGCUGAACAAGAAACGGCCGGUUAUAAAAAACGAUAUGAUGAGACACUUAAAUUACGACAAACUGAUCGGUCAAAUACUGAUCGUCUUCAACAAGAAAUAGCCGAAAAUGAAGCUCAAAUUAAUUUAUUUCGUCGACGUUUAGGUGAUUUGGAGGAUGAAGCAAAACGUUAUAAAGCCCAAACACAACGUUUAGCAACGGAAAUCGCUAAUUUACAAAAUCAAAUUCAGAAUGAAACGUUUGUUAAGUCUACUUUGGAUACAGAAAAGAUGGUAUUGGACGACGAAUUGGUCAUGUUGAAACAAAUGCAUGAAGCCGAUUUAAAUGAAUUACGAUCUCGAACUAUCGUCGAUGUUAGCCUUGAUCCAUCUCAUUUUUUUCGUAAUGAAUUAUCACAAGCUAUUCGUGACAUACGAACUGAAUAUGAACAGGCAAAUGAUCAACAACGUUCUGAUAUACAUAAUCGUUUUAUGGUAUCGUAUAAUGAAAUUGUUUCACGUUAUACGCCACGUCAACAAUUCGACCAACAAGAACAAACACGAGUACAAGAAGAAAAACUACGAUCAUCGUUGUUGCAAACAAAAAAUGAAAUGGCCUAUAUGAGAGCAAAAAAUGAAGAUUUAAAAAAUCGAGUUAAAGAAAUGCAACUUGUCAUUAAUCAGGAACGUAAUGAAGGUGGACGAUUAUUGCAAAAACGUGCGGUUGAUAUUGAGGAAAUGAAGCGUCGUCUGGAACAAUUAACGAGAGAAUACGAUGAAGUAACAUCAAUGAAAACAUCGUUAGAAAAGGAAAUUAAUACUUAUCGACAGUUACUAGAAGGCAACAAUGGCCUCAAACCAAUUGUUGAUCAUGUUAUGGAAGAAGCUAGACGAAUGCAAGCUGAACAAUCUAUAAAUACCAGUGGGAUUGGUACAUUUUCACUCGGUUAUAGUGGAGGCGGUGCGAGAGGAAGAAACACAGCAGCUCAACAUUCAUCGACCUAUGUAAUGUCAAGUGGCUCGUCGACAGGGGGAAAUUUGGGUUUGUAUGGUGGACUAGAUGGAAUAUCAGGAGGCUCAAAGG